UUUCUCCGUCCGUUUGCGAGUCGAUUAAAAACCGGUCGGUAGAUAACCAAAACCGAACCGGUAAGAAAGUCGGUUUAGCUCCUGAUAUUUUUUCAGUUGUAUAAAGAAAAAGAAGAAUCGAAGGAGAGAGAUAAGAUAGGGGUGAAGAUUAAAGCACGUCCAUCUGUUUCUCCAUUUCUCUCUCUUCUUCAUCUUAUCGUCUUCGUCGACCUUUGAUCCUGCGUUCGAUUCCGGAAGUUAUGGCUAUGGCCACAAGGGUGAUGUCUCAAUCUACUCCACUGUCUCUGGCAUGUUCCCAGAGGAACGCUCCCUCUCGUGGAUCUGGCAACUCAAAAAGAUCGGUGAAAAUGAUGUGCACUCAGCUACGAGUCUCUGGUUCCUCAAGAAUGCAAGGGUUCUUGGGGUUGCGUGGGAACAAUGCCUUAGACACUCUAGGGAGAUCCCGUCAGAGUUUCGGUGGUAAAGUGCGGCAUGCGAUGAAUGUACCCAAGGGGAAAGGUAGCCGGGGUGUGGUCAAAGCGAUGUUUGAGAGGUUUACUGAGAAGGCUAUCAAGGUUAUUAUGCUUGCUCAGGAGGAAGCUAGGAGACUAGGCCACAAUUUUGUGGGGACCGAACAGAUUCUUCUAGGGCUUAUUGGUGAGGGUACUGGAAUCGCUGCUAAGGUUUUGAAGUCCAUGGGGAUUAACCUUAAGGAUGCACGUGUGGAGGUUGAGAAGAUUAUUGGAAGGGGCAGUGGGUUUGUUGCUGUUGAGAUCCCGUUUACUCCUCGUGCAAAGCGUGUUCUUGAACUCUCACUGGAAGAAGCUCGCCAACUCGGUCACAAUUACAUCGGUUCCGAGCACCUUCUUCUUGGGUUGCUACGUGAAGGUGAAGGUGUUGCUGCUCGAGUCCUUGAGAAUCUAGGUGCAGAUCCUAGUAACAUUCGCACUCAGGUGAUACGCAUGGUGGGUGAGAACAAUGAGGUCACUGCUAAUGUUGGAGGAGGAAGCGGCAGCAAUAAGAUGCCAACUCUUGAAGAGUACGGGACAAACUUGACGAAGCUGGCUGAGGAGGGUAAAUUGGACCCGGUUGUUGGUAGGCAGCCACAAAUAGAACGUGUCGUGCAAAUUCUUGGUAGGAGAACCAAGAACAACCCAUGUCUUAUUGGAGAACCUGGUGUUGGUAAGACAGCUAUUGCCGAAGGACUAGCGCAGCGUAUUGCCAGUGGAGAUGUUCCUGAAACAAUUGAAGGGAAGAAGGUUAUAACACUUGACAUGGGUCUUCUGGUUGCUGGAACAAAAUAUCGUGGAGAGUUUGAAGAGAGAUUGAAAAAGCUUAUGGAGGAAAUUAAACAGAGUGACGAGAUCAUCUUGUUUAUCGAUGAAGUGCAUACUUUGAUUGGAGCAGGAGCAGCAGAAGGUGCAAUUGACGCAGCUAACAUUUUAAAACCCGCUCUCGCUAGAGGUGAAUUGCAGUGCAUUGGAGCGACAACAUUAGACGAAUACAGGAAGCACAUUGAGAAAGACCCUGCAUUGGAAAGAAGAUUCCAGCCAGUGAAAGUACCUGAGCCUACUGUGGAUGAAACUAUUCAGAUCCUAAAGGGUCUGCGAGAGCGAUAUGAAAUUCAUCAUAAGCUUCGUUACACUGACGAGUCUUUAGUAGCAGCUGCACAGUUGUCAUACCAGUAUAUCAGUGAUCGUUUCCUACCUGACAAGGCAAUUGACUUGAUCGAUGAAGCUGGUUCUCGGGUUCGACUUCGCCAUGCACAGGUCCCUGAGGAAGCUAGGGAGCUUGAGAAGGAACUUAGGCAGAUAACAAAGGAGAAGAAUGAAGCUGUCCGUGGCCAGGACUUUGAGAAGGCUGGGACACUUCGGGAUAGAGAAAUUGAGCUCAGAGCUGAGGUGUCUGCUAUCCAAGCGAAAGGCAAGGAGAUGAGCAAAGCAGAGAGUGAGACUGGUGAGGAAGGUCCUAUGGUGACAGAGUCAGACAUCCAACACAUUGUGUCUUCAUGGACUGGUAUCCCCGUAGAGAAGGUAUCAACCGAUGAGUCUGAUCGUCUCCUCAAGAUGGAAGAAACCCUCCACAAACGUGUCGUAGGCCAAGACGAAGCUGUCAAAGCCAUAAGCCGAGCCAUUCGCCGUGCACGUGUUGGACUCAAAAACCCUAACCGUCCAAUAGCCAGUUUCAUAUUCUCUGGUCCUACUGGUGUCGGGAAAUCAGAGCUUGCCAAAGCUUUGGCAGCUUACUACUUUGGAUCUGAAGAAGCCAUGAUUCGUCUAGAUAUGAGUGAGUUCAUGGAGAGGCACACAGUCUCGAAACUCAUAGGUUCGCCUCCUGGAUACGUCGGUUACACUGAAGGAGGUCAGCUAACGGAAGCAGUUAGACGUCGCCCUUACACAGUCGUUCUGUUCGACGAGAUAGAGAAAGCCCACCCAGAUGUUUUCAACAUGAUGCUUCAGAUCCUCGAAGAUGGUAGACUAACAGACAGCAAAGGAAGAACAGUGGACUUCAAAAACACGCUUCUCAUCAUGACAUCAAACGUCGGCAGCAGUGUGAUCGAGAAAGGAGGAAGACGUAUUGGUUUCGACUUGGACUACGACGAGAAAGACAGCAGCUACAACAGAAUCAAGAGCCUUGUGACCGAGGAGCUGAAACAGUACUUCAGACCGGAGUUCCUAAACAGGCUUGACGAGAUGAUUGUGUUCAGACAGCUAACGAAGCUGGAAGUGAAAGAAAUUGCGGACAUACUGCUACAGGAGGUGUUUGAGAGGCUGAAGAAGAAGGAGAUUGAGCUUCAAGUGACAGAGAGGUUCAGAGAGAGAGUAGUGGACGAAGGUUAUAACCCGAGCUAUGGAGCGAGACCAUUGAGGAGAGCCAUCAUGAGACUUUUAGAGGAUAGCAUGGCGGAAAAGAUGCUAGCGAGAGAGAUCAAGGAAGGAGACUCGGUGAUUGUGGACGUUGACUCGGAAGGUAAAGUGACUGUGCUAAAUGGUGGAAGUGGCACUCCCACAACAUCCUUGGAGGAGCAGGAAGAUUCUCUCCCCGUUGCUUGAAAUAAAAGGGGAAGUGUGUUUCUUCUCUCUUCUUUUGCUUUUCCCCCUUGAACGAAUUAUGGCAAGAGAAGAGUCUCAAUGAGAUACUUGUAGGGGGUUUCGUAAUAUACAUUAUAUAUAUAUAUGUAACCAAUGUAAUGUAUAGAUGACAUUGUGUAGCUUCUUUCUCAAUGCUUUUUUAAGGACUUGCUUUGGUGCCAA